CUCCACCAGAGCCCAGCAGCCUCCACCCGCCUCCACCUGCCUCCACCCGGCGUGCCAGCAUGUCUCUGUCCGGCUCGCACACUCCAGAGGACGGGCUGUACGGCUCCUGGGUGGAGCUGGAGGAGCUGAUCGCAGCCGUGAGCCGCAGGGAGAGUCUGACCGGGCCGCAGGACACCAUCUCCUCCGCCCUGCAGGGGGAGCUGGAGAGGAUCCUCCUGGAGGCGCAGCUGGAGUGUGAGAGGAACCGAGACAGUCCUCCUCAAGUGGUGACUCCACAGUCCGGCUCCCCGAAGCCCGCCAGCGAGCAGGACAGCGACUGCGUCCCCAUACAGGAGGAGGCUGAGCGCCGAGCCGACAGCGACUGGGUGUGGGACUGGUCCAGCAGGCCCGAGAACAUGCCUCCAAAAGAGUUUGUGUUCCAGCACCCGAAGCAGCAGGGAUCCCUGAGCGUGAGGAAGACGGAGGUGAUGAAGAGAGGGAUCUUCUCCUCCGACGUCCUCCUCAUCCUCGUCCCCUCGCUGCUGGCUUCACACCUGCUCACACUCGGAGUCGGCAUCUACAUCGGAAAGCGAUUGGCUGCUUCCACCACCAGCACGCUGUGACAGGCCACGCCCCCUCCGCCCUCGCUCCCGCUCCAGUCUGCCCCUUCUGUCCUCUGUCCUUCUG